UAAGGAACCACACGAGCGCAAGACGUAUUAUUUUGACAGAAACGGUCUGCCAACGUGCUCAACCGGAUCGCUCUUGUCAGUCAGUCCACAGUCCGUCGUCUUCCUGUCCGCCACACGAGAACACGGACCGAAAAUCGUAACAAUAUGAUGACCGCCCCAAUAUUGUGCGCAGCAGCUUUUGUGUUGGCGCUGCAAGCCAUGUGUGUGACCGCGGCCGGCGGUGAACGCCAGCAACAGCAACAAUUGCCGCUGUUUUUCCAAGCAGGCCGACCAUUCAACGCGCCCGGCGCCCCGUUGCCCAAAUUUGUGGGAAUCGCGGGCAACCAGCCGCCACAGGCGUUCCGCUCGGUACCGCCGCAGGUGGACGAGGAACAGGAGGAUGAAGAACAGCGCAACGAUGACGAACCGCACCAGCGCAACGUGCUCGCUCCCACCCCACUUCCGUUCAGACCACAACCUACGCCACAGUUCAAUCAAUUCCGUGCUUCUCCAUCACCGUCCCCGCAGACCUUACAACCGAUCCGCAUUAACAGACCCACCGAAACUCCGAUCAGAAGACCACAACCUCCGACGCCGUCGCAAUUCAAAUCGCUGUCCAGUCAACCAUUGUCGGAAGAAGCCCAAGAAUUAGAAGAAGAAAAAGAAGAGCCCGAUCGUCUUACCCAAUUGUUGCCACAGUCUAAAUUCACUUGCGGUGACAAAAAGACCGGUUACUACGCUGACGAUGGUCUGGACUGCGAAGUGUUCCAUUACUGUCAGGAUGGUGCUAGACACUCUUGGAUAUGUCCUGAAGGCUUCGUUUUCCACCAGGUACAUCUGAUCUGCAUGCCACCGAGCAGCGAGAACAUUUGCAAACAGUCGACACAAUAUCACUUCGUCAACGACUUCUUGUACAGGCCAGUAAACACGGAAGAGGCCAACUCCCGACCGAACGUGACGCUCAGGUAUGGCGACCGGUAUUACCCAGGUAGCAAUUCGGAAGCGGGCGAAGAGUACGACCACGAUGAGGAGGAACCGUCGCAGAGACCACAACAGUUCAGACAACAACCAGUGCUCAGGCAGCGCAUUCAACAGCAACAGCCCCAGCCCACGCAACAGCACGUGCUAUCCACCCCGCGCCCGACGCACGUGUUGCACCAGCAGCAGUUGCAGCAGCAACAACAACCACAACAGCUACAGUUUGCCCGACAACCAUCGCCCAAUCAAGUGUUCCACUCGUCCGAGGAAAUAAACAUACCGUUGCAACAGAGGCGACCGGUGGUGUUGCAGCCGCAGCAGCGACCCAGCUUCCAACAGCAACAACAACAAAACGACUUCGACUUCAGACGGAAGUAAUAUGGACGUAAUAUGCACGAGAGUGGGCAAUGCUUCGACGAUGAUAAAUAUAUCGUCGACGCGUAGUGUCCGCGUAUAAUUAUGUACAUCGUUUACGUUAUAGGUUAUGAAAAAAAUAAUAUUUAUCAUUUUUUUUUUUUAUUUUUAGUAACACUAGAGCGAGACAACACUCUACUGUACAUAUAUAUACAAUAAUUCUAUAUAUUUUUUACUGUUAGGUUAAAACCAACGCGAAAUUAUUUGAUAUAUCAGGACUUGUCGUAUUAUGAUAUAUUGACGGAGAGAGCAAUGAAUAGGAUUUAUUAUAUUAUUCAUAUACAUUACAGUUUGCGAACGAUCAGCUAAUACAACUUCACUCGAAGUUCUUUUCUUUAGAUUUCAUACGCGGUGAUCAUAAACAUAAUACUAAAUCGAUCAAAUUCUUGUCCACAGAAAUAUCCAUACUUAUAUUUUUUCAACUUCAAUACUUACUCGCCUCUAAAUAUUAUACGUAUACAGCAGUGUACUACGUAUAUUGGAAAACGCAGUAUGAUACAAACCACAACUGCUGCUUAUAAAUUAAUAUGUUUCUUGUUUUUUAACCGGUGACUAAAUAUUGUCAACUGUUUUUUAAAAGUACGCUCCGCAAUAUUUGUAGAACGAAUUUGAAAAUCGACACCGUUACUAUACAGUGAACAAGCAAAACGUGUAAACACUAUUGACGAAAUUAAAUGCCUACUUUCGAUUGUGAGUUGAUUGUACAAUGAUAUAAUACAUAUUAUUAUGUACUGUAAAUCAAUAUUUAAACAAAAUAUAAAUAAAUAAAUAAUAUUUUUACUCUUUAUUACAUGCGUCAUACAUGCCAUUAUGCAAAAAUAAUUAUGUACUUAUCAACUGUUUAUAAUUAAAUGUUAAAUUGUAUUUUGAUUGUGUUGUAUUGCUGUUUUAAAACAAUACUUCAUAAAUAUUAAGUUGUUCGUUGCUUAACAAUUAUUUAUGUUUAAGGUACCGAUACCCAUCAUAUAUAAGCUUUACAAUAAAUUUAUAUGUCGUCAUUGAAAAUCUGUAUGUAGUCCAGAUUCAAACAUUCUUUAAGUUAUUUUCAGUGUACUAAAAGUAUCUGUUGGACUUGUUCUUUUUUUUUUAAUUCCAUAUUUUAGUAUAUAUAUAUAAUAUAUACAUACUUAAUGUUAUUAAACUUAUUAUUUAUAAAAAUAAUAAUUAAUUUACAGUAUCCUUGAAAUUGCUUUGUGCUGCCAAUAUUGCUUUUAUAAUACAAUUGUAAUCUUAAGUUAUAUUAUUAUUAUGUUUUAUAAUUUUAUUAAAUAUAAUGUUAACGUUGAUAAAACGUUUGUGAUUUAAAGAA